UGUUUGUUGUGCAGUUAAAUUAAAGCGUCCAUUCCUGUCUUCAACUUUAAAACAAUAUAAAGUUAUUUUUUCUACCUCUGUUUAUGCACAAUGGCAGGGAACUUCUGGCAGAGUUCACAUUACCUGCAGUGGGUGCUGGAUAAGCAGGACCUGCUAAAAGAGCGUCAGAAAGACUUAAAGUUCCUUACAGAGGAGGAGUACUGGAAACUGCAGAUUUUUUUCGCAAAUGUUAUCCAGGCUCUGGGGGAACAUCUGAAACUUAGACAGCAAGUUAUUGCCACAGCAACUGUUUACUUCAAACGUUUCUAUGCAAGGUACUCUUUGAAGAGCAUAGACCCACUUUUAAUGGCUCCUACGUGUGUAUUUCUAGCCUCUAAAGUGGAGGAAUUUGGAGUUGUUUCAAACACUCGCCUCAUUUCUGCAGCAACCUCUGUUUUAAAAACACGAUUUUCCUAUGCCUUUCCUAAGGAGUUUCCAUACAGAAUGAACCAUAUAUUGGAGUGUGAGUUCUAUCUUCUGGAGCUCAUGGAUUGCUGUUUGAUUGUAUACCAUCCAUAUAGACCUUUAUUGCAGUAUGUACAGGACAUGGGUCAAGAAGACAUGCUUCUUCCACUAGCUUGGAGAAUAGUGAAUGACACAUACAGGACAGACCUGUGUCUGCUCUACCCACCCUUCAUGAUAGCUCUUGCAUGUUUGCAUGUGGCAUGUGUAGUGCAACAGAAGGAUGCCCGGCAAUGGUUUGCUGAGCUCUCAGUGGACAUGGAUAAGAUCUUGGAGAUAAUUCGUGUAAUUUUGAAGCUGUAUGAUCAGUGGAAGAACUUUGAUGACAGGAAAGAAAUGCCUGGUGUGCUUAACAAGGUGCCCAAACCCAAACCACCUCCUAACAGUGAGAAUGACCAAAGCUCCAACGGGAAUCAGAACAGCUCUUACAGCCAGUCCUAAAGCUCCAUCUGGUGGAACAGUCGAGCCACAUUUACGGAGGACGUUCAGACCAAACAUCUGCAUUAAGACACAGUGCAGGGUUCAGAUAGUCACUGGUGGAAAUACAAUCAAGACUGGCAUGUCUAUAACAUGGCUGUUACUUCUUCAUACAUUGGCUUCACAUACUGGUCAUGCACACCAGCACAUCAGUAAAGUGUGUUUGACUGGCAUUGUUGAUUAUCCUGACUUCCAUGAGAAUUCCAUGAAGCAGGUGCUCUGUUAGAGGGGAAAAAAGAAAACUUGACCCCUUUUUUGGGUUUGGUAAUAAAAUGUCUGUGUUUGUAUGUGCGCCUGUUGUUGACCACAUCACAGUUUGCAUUCCUCAGGGCAGGACGAUGUGCUUUGUAAAAAGCUGUCUGUAAAUGGAGUUGUAACUGGAUGGUAACUUCAUCAGACCUUGUACUGUGUCAUUAAAUCCUGACUGGAUUGUACUCUUUUCUUUUCUUAAGAUUGAGCGAAGGCACUGUGAAUAUGAACGCACAGGUCAUGUUUUCUUUUUAAUGUGUUUACCAAUUUCUCCCAAAACUGCAUUUGUAAAUAUGUGUUUGUGCUGGCAAAUAACCAACCAGUUCUUUUAAGUUCACGUUGUCAAUAAUUUUAUACUUUAUUGCUUGUAUUUGUUCAUUUCAAAUGUUUUGUUAAUGACGCCGUAUGGUUAUUACGUUUCUCGUAUCUAGUGUUUGAGUGUAGGGGAUUUCUUUCUUUUGGAAAGCAAAAGUAAAGACAACUUUUUAAAGGGUCCUUGGCCACUUUUCUAUGAUUACAACAUUGUUUUGAAUAGUGUUAUAGCCCCUUCUCAAGUUUUCUAGCUUUAAUAUAUAAUCUGGGAAAUCCUGUAUUUUAAACAGUGUUUUGGUUGGGAGAGUAAAUUAAUUGUAAAUGCUUAAGUUGGUUAGUGAAGUAGGUUUUAAUGUUUUUCUUUACUUUGGUGUCAGACUGAAUGCCUUAUUCAAUAAAGCUGCU